AUUACCGUUACACGAUGAAAAUUUCAAAGUUUGGUCAUCUUUCAAUAGGUUAGUCUAUGCCUGUAAAGAUUAAAUUGUGUGCUGUUUGCGGUGUAUUGCGCUUAAAGCUACACAAAUUCGUAAUGUUUUUACAAUAUCUACAUCCAAAGUCAACGCCGUGAUUUGUUUUUUAUUGAAAGUUGGUUACAAUUGAACUGUUAAAUCUACGCCUCUAGCUUCGGAGAAAGUAUUUCGCGUUUAAACAGUGCGUGGAUUUGGAAUUAUUAACCUUGUGACGGAAGCUUGCAUUCCCUGUACAUUAAGCGUCGACUGUACAGAGAUACAGACUUGGUUCGGUAGGGUCCAUUACAGAAAUAAUAAUGAGUCCAUUAAAUCGAGGACCUCUAUUAGGACCUAGAGUCCCUCCAGCUGGUAUACGGCCUCCUCCACCACCGAGGUUUGGCGGAAGGCUACCACCUCCUGGUUUACCGCCAAGAAUGCCACCACCACCUAUGAGCCCGGUUUUCGGUCCUAUGAGGCAAAGACUACCGCCUCCACCGAGACCAGGUGGUGUGACUCGACCCAGUGGACCCAUGCCAUUAUUCGGCCCAAGAGUCAGAGGUAUGGCUCCAAUUGUUCCACCAAUGGCUUUAAGAGCCGUUGGACCAAGAGGACCACCAAUGAGGCCCUGGUCUAGAAGAGGACUACCGCCUCAAAUUUUACCCCAUAUGAGACCACGCUUCUCCAUAGGGAAUGGUAAUGCUAAGGGCAAAGCAUUAAAUAAUGUUAAAAAAGUCAGCAAAUUGGAAGAAUUAGAACUAAAGAAGCCAUGGAUGACUGAUGAAAUUCGUAGCGAAAUACAAAAGAAAAAUAAGCUUUACGCUAAGGCAAAAAAGAAUAAGGAUGCAAAAGAAUGGGAAGAAUUCAAGGAUUUAAGGAACAAAGUUACAAGGAUGAUCAGAGAAGCUAAAAAUGAUUAUCUUGCAAAACAUCCUGAACAGAGUCAUCUUUAUCCAAGCGAUGAAGAGCCGUACGAUCGGAGAGAUGAAAAUUAUACCAGUUCAGAAGAGAACGAGUCAUAUUAUUGUGAGUUAUGCGAUAGAGACUUUUCAUCGGAAGACGGUCUUCUUAAACAUAAAAAUGAACAUAAAGUUUGCGGUAUCGAUGGGUGUACUUUUUCUGCUCAUCCGUUACUUGUUGAGAAACACAUUACCAUGCAGCACAAUAGCGGUUUAUAUCAUAGGCUAAAAAAUGUGUCCAGUCCGGAAGACAUUGAGAAAUGGAUAAUAGAAAGAAAAAAGAGAUACCCUACAAAAGCUAAUGUCGAAUUACGGAAAGCAGAAGAAAUGGAAAAGAUAGAAAGAGGAGAAGUAAUUAAACGAAAGGUAGAUGUUGCCAAGGGAAGAAGAAAUAAAUCGUCACGAUUCCAAAAUAGAAAGCGAAUGACAUCAAAACCACCUAUACAAAAAGUCUCUGAUAAUGUACAAGAGCAGCAGUUAUUGUAUAGAGGUUUAAAAGAAUUUCCCGGAACGUUAAGUUUACGCGAUGCAGAGUUGCAAGAAGAAGAUGAAACUGAUGACAAAACGGUGAGCAAUGAGUGCGAGGAAAGUGUUAAUUUUAUUUCCGAUGAAGAAGAAGUACCAGUUCCCUUAAUUGCGCCAUGCUUGCCUACUUUGGUAGCGAAUUAUGGAAGUGGAUCUGAAGAAAGUGACGCGCCUGAAGAAAUACCAAUUAAAAGAGUAAAAGUAGAAAAUGACAUUAUGGAAAGAAAUGAUGCGAAAAAAGAGGAGGCAAAUAGUAAAAAUGAAGUUGUUACUACCACACAUGCAAAUACAGAUGCGCAACAAUGUUCAAACUUACGGUCCCAAGUAAAGUCAACGUGUGAAAACGUAACAACUUCAAAGUAUAAAAAUAAACAGAGUAAUAAGUUGAAUCAGCAUUUAAAGGUUGAAGAACAGAAAAAAGUUGUCAAAAGAAAACAACCGUACACUUCGCAGUUAUUAGAAAGAUUGCUUUCGCGGUCUAUACAACAUGAAAGGAAUUUAAUUUGCCAGUGUAUAAAGUAUAUAAUAGAUAAUAAUUUCUUUGAUUAACGAUAAAUUAAUAUAGCGACACUAUACAUCUUGGUGUUGUGGUUAUUGAAAUACCUCGCUUUUGUAUUAUUUGUUAAUUCAAAAGAAAAUAAAUACUUCAAGGUAUAAUAAUCGAUUCAUUAUUUAUUCAUUUAAUUGUAUUUAAAAUAUUUUACAUCGGUCAAGUUUUAAAGGAAUGCCUCUUUCUUUUUUUGGAUUGCUUCUUUUGAAGUUCUAAGGCACUGUCAUCUUCUGAUAUUUUUUUCUCGCUACUUUUUAUCGAUAUAAGAUUUUUACUUUUCUUCCCGGAAAGUGCGUCCUUCCAUUCUCCAUCUGAACCCUUAAUUGCAUAUUGUUCUAAAUUUUCUCUUUUCAACUUCUCCAGUUCAGCUUUUUGCUUUACUUUCAAUUCCUGAAAGAAAUAAUAGGAUAUGUUGAAUAGAAUAAUCAUUUCACAAAUGUAUUUAAAAACUAUUAAGUAUAAAAAUGUGUCUGACCUUGGCUGCAGUUUCUAAUUCAUCAUGUAAACUCUUCCCAUUAACAGGGUUAAGUUGUACAUUUUGAUUAUCGAAUUCUUUUUUCAUUAUUGCAUUUUCAAUAUAAGUCUCUGCUAUUCCGUUCAAAUAUUGUACAGAUUUACGUAUAAUUCGAUUGAACAGAGCAAGUAAUUGCGAAGGUGGUAGAUCCAAUUCUUCUGCUAAUUUAUCAACAGUUUUGUGUUGCAAACCCAAUCCUAAUAGUAUAGCCUGAAAGUAAGAACAUUAUUUUUAUAAUGCAUGUAGCAUAAGGUUUAAAUUCAUGCUACACUACUAAAAAAUAAUAUUACUGAUUGCACAGCUGAUAAAUGAGUGUCACCCAUCAUAUUCAAAAAAUAUAAGCGUGCUAAGGGUGGUAAUAGAUCCAUUAUUAAAUGGUAAUCUGCCAUGUUGUUACUAUACAUUGCUAAACGUUUUAAAUCAUAAGAUGUAAAAUAUACAUCUAACGUGUCUUUCUUCAAACCUGCGAACACAGAAAGUAAUUAUGUUUGAAGAACAACAUAACUAUUCACAGUAGAAAGAAAUGUACCGAUAAAAAUAUACUGACUAGUAACUUCUGGUGUAAUUGUUUUGUUCAUCAGUAUGCUCAGUGCCAAUGAAGAUGGAUAUGCAUUAAAUGAGAAAGAUAAUAACGUUAUAAAUCGUCGUCGAAAAUCAUUCCAAUAAUCUUGCAACCACCUACUAUCUUCUUGUUGUUGUUCGAAAUUAAGUUUAUAUAACAUUAUACAAGAGUGUUCACCCGUUAUAUCAUUCGCAGUUUGUCUAAAAAGAAAUUGAAACAGAAUUGUACGUUUCCAUUUUUUGUGCGGAAUAUUAACUUUUCAAUGUGUAAGGAUUUAAUGUAUAUUAAUUCGAACCUUAAAUAAGUAGGCACGAAGCCAGCCCGUUUCCAAAAUUUCAACAGCUGUUCAGUAAUACCAAAAGAUACACCUAAAUAAUCUAAAUUCUCUGGACGUCUUUCACUUAAUUUUAGAAGCAAUGGAGGUAAAGAGGAUCGAGGUUCUGAAAAAAAAUGAACUUGAUACGAUACCGAUGAGGUACAUCAAAAAUUGAUUUUUCGCGUGUAGUACGAUGAAUUUAUUUACCGAUCCUUUCUUCGAGUAAAUUAACCUCUUCGUCUUGUACUUUAGAUAUUUCUGUGAUCGGCGUUUCUACUGAUGUUUCGUCGACGCUAAGUACUUUCAUUUCAUAGUACUGCUUCAAUAAUUCUAAUGCACGACUACCAUAUCCCAUCUACAGGAAAAAUUUAAAAUUAAAUUGCCUGAACAUGUUAAACGAUUAAAAUAUGACAGUGACAAUUUUAAGUUAAUUUACCCCGUGAUAAUCAGGAUGUGUUGCGAUGCGAACAAUACGUGAACCCGCUAAUGCUGGAAAAUCUUGAUCUUGAUACUGUUGCGCCAUAGUCCAUGGUAUAAGAUCACCAGCUGCUCUGCGUCCACGUGUGAGGCCAUCCUUUAUAGUAUUUUUACUCACUUCACCUUCUAAGCAAAUCUAUGUAUUACAAAAAUAUUAGAACUGCAACAAGUUCUCAAGUUAUUUAAAUAAAUGCAAAUACUCGUGGUUUAUUACAUGUUAUCCGCUUACUUGGAUUACUACCAAUAUUUCUGGUAAUGUUUUUUUAUUCGAGUCAACCGGCCCCAAAAGGCAAAACAGAUGAUGCGCUGGAGCAUCGGACAUCAUUUGCAAGUCAUUUGGACUGUUCUAAAACAUUUCCUACAUUUAAUAUUUUAAAUUAUAUUAACAGAAAUAUGUACAAUCGCUCUAAUAAUUCCUGCCGCUUGAAAUUUACG